GGGGACUUCUGAUGUUCAGAUGGCGGCAUAUCCCGACCUAAAUGUUAUGAGAUAAGAAAUCGUGGUUGCUAAUUGGAUCUCAGAUGCGGGGUUGAUAGCUAUUCACUAUCAACAUCUUAUCACGGGAAACGAGCAGUAGACUGAACUCCAACGUCUCCUUCGCGAUCCAAGGUUCAGCGCCAAACGCCACAAUGGGAUAUUUAUUCUCUCUGCGAGAUUCAAAAUUGAAUGUUUCGACAUCGAAGUGUUCAGCCUUUUUUAGGCAUCAGUACAAUACAAUAUAUUUGGACCUGAGAAAGAAAAACCAUGGAGAAGAAUACCAAUGACAUCAGCAUCGACGACAAGUCUCCCACUGAAGACCACGAAGUCGGCACUACAAGCUUGAUCUACAUUGACCCUGCUCGGGAAGCUGCCGUGCGAAGGAAGUUCGAUAUAUACGUGGUCCCUGUCUCAGUCAUCUACCUUGUCCUGUCAACCUUGGAUCGCAACAACCUUGGCAAUGCCCGCGUCUUCGGCUUCGACGAAGACAUUGGCCUUAAAUCCGGCCAGUUCGGCAACAUCCAAACUCUUUCCAGUGUAUGCACAGUCCUUUUUGAAGUCCCGUGGGUGCUAGCUACCCGCCGUUGGGGCGCGAAGAAAGCCAUUGGCACAGCUUUUAUUCUCUGGUCUAUUUGCACUCUCGGCACUGCCUUCGUCCAGACCUACGGCCAGGUGAUUGCAUGCCGCAUGUUACUCAACGCCGCUGAAGCCGGUCUGGCCCAAGCAUUUGCUUUUCUCUUCUCGACAAUCUAUCCCCGUGAACUGGCCGGCAAACGAAUCAUGACUACCAACAUUGCACAAUGCAUUUCUGGCGCAUUUGGCGGCCUUUUCGCAUAUGCGGUCCAGACAAUGGGCAGUCGGCAUGGAUUUGCAGCAUGGAGAUGGCUCUUCAUCAUCGAGUUUGGCAUCACCAUUGUCAUCUGUGGCUCUGGUCUGUUCUUCCUUCCGAACAAAGUUGAAGAGGCUUGGUUCCUGACCGAGGAGGAGAAAGAGACGAUGCGCAUGAAGAAAGAACGCGACUAUAUUAUCCGUGGCGAGGAGCAGUUCGAAAAGAAGUGGAUCAAGCCUGCACUUACCGAUCCGUUUGUGUGGAUGCUCGGCACUGCAUUUUUCACCAGCUCGGUUGCGAUCAACGGGUUCGGUGUGUUCUUGCCUACCAUCAUUCAAGGACUUGGUUUUGCGUCCCUUAAAGUGAACUACAUGACCAUCCCGGUUUACAUACUGGGCGCAACGUCGCUCUGCAUCCAAGUGUACUACUCUGACAAACUCAAGAAGCGAGGCGUCUUUAUCGUGUGCUGCUGUGCGCCCGUAGCUGCUGGCUAUCUCAUGUGUGUGUUCUCCAAGAAUUCCAAUGUUGGCUACGCUGGCAUGUUCGUUCUUGUUAUUGGACUUUAUCCAAUCUCUACUCUGGCUGUAACCUGGAUCACUACCAAUCUCGCACCAGAUAGCAAGCGCGCCAUUGGUCAACCUUUCGCUUACAGUCUCGCAAACGUAUCAAACCUUGUGUCUGGUCAGCUCUACCCUUCGAACCAGGGACCGCGGUACGUGCCUGGAAAUGCCAUCUCGGCCGGGCUGACCAUUGUUGCGGGAUUCCUUUAUGCCGCUUGCUGGGUAUUGUUGCGCUACAGGAACAACUGUAAGGCAAAGAUCAUUGCAGAGGGAGCAACAGAUAAUGGAAAAGAAGGCGAUCGAGCUCUUGAUUUCGAAUAUAUCCUCUAAACACCGGGAAUGUUGCAAUCAAUGUAGGUCGGUGCUCAGGACAAUUGAGAAUUAACUAUGUUCAUGGUUCUGAAUACAAUUUUGUUAGGAUGUAUUACCCUGUCGAGAAGACUUACGCUCAUUCUGUAUGAUUCGCUCGAUCAAUUUUGCAUCUAAUGAUAACAUAUCGUCA